AUACUGCAUCUCACUUCAUGAGCGAUGCGUUGGCACGCCGUAUCUCCGGCAGGUGGCCGUGCGGUGGCCGUUCCUGGCGUGGUUCACGGCCUGGGCGAACUGCACCGGCGCUUCGGCCGGCUGCCGUGGGCCGAGCUGUUCACGCCCGCGGUGAACCUCGCUCGUUUCGGCUUUCCCGUGGGUCCCGAGCUCGCCGCGGCCCUGACCGGCGCCCGGUCGAUGUUUGAAACGAACCUCCGGGCCCGGGCUCACUUCUGGAACGAGGUGUCCAACUUGCCCUACAGGGAAGGAGAGACGCUGAAGCAGCCGCUGCUGGCCGACACCCUGGAGGCAAUAUCCAACGACAGCGCCGCCGCCUUCUAUAACGGCAAAAUCGCCAGGGUUCUCGUCAGAGACCUGAGAAGCAUCGGCGGCAUCCUGACGCAGCGGGACCUGCGCACGUACACGUCCAAGUGGCGGGCGCCCGUCGAGUCUGAGCUAGUGGACGGCUCGCGACUACAGAGCGCGCCCGCGCCCAGCUCGGGCCCCGUGCUGCUGUACGCGGCCGCGCUGCUCAACCGCAUGCACGCGCCGCACUCUCAGGAGCUGCUCUUCCACCGCAUGGUGGAGAGCUUCAAGUACGCGUACGCCAAGUUCAACGAGCUCUCCGACGAGGACUUCGCCAACCUGUCUGCGGUACCUGCGUUCACCCGUUUUUAA